AUGACGCGUAUAGAAUUACAAUUGUUGUCGACGACGUCUUCCGAUCAAUUCGAUCUCGAUCGCAUUUUCGACUACUCGAAUAUUCCCGUUGAUUUUCAGCAUAGCGGAUCGGUUGGCAGUGGAGCAACGUUGUCGAGAAUGGCCGGUGCCGGUCUGGGUGCCUUCAAGAAUGACGAGAGUCCCCAGCAGAAGCGAUACGAGAUUGUGUUUCAGGCGCUUAAUAAGGGCUUCAAAUCGCUAAUCGCGCAUUAUCAGUCGGAAAUCGCGCGGAUCAAGAUUGACAUCGAGAACGCGCAACGAGCCGGCGAAUCGCUCAAACCAUAUGACGAUCAGCUUGUACUCAACGAAGAGAAUUUGAUAUUGUACAACGCACGACUGCAGCGAGUCAACAAACUCUAUGAGAACUACAAAGUUGGACAUUAUCAAAAAAUGAAAGCCAAGUCAUCGAGUUUAAGCGAAUUGCGCGCUGCAUUCAGUGGCUCGAAAUCCGACAAUUCGAACAGCGCCAUCGACAAUGAGCUAUCGAAUUUGAUGGGAAGAGUGGUUAUCGAGAUCAAGGCGAUCGUCGGGUUUGCUCGAAUUACACCCGGAGACGUGUUCGAGGUUCAAAUUCGGCACGGAUCGCAAAAAUGGAAAACGAGAGGCAAAACGCUGGCCGAUAGAACUCAGAAAUGGGAGAAAGAGCAGGUGGUGCUCACUUGUUGUUCGGAUUCCUCGAUUGACGUCAAAGUGUCGGAAUCGAGACUAUUCAAAUCGAAACCGUUGAAUGACCGCUCGUUUGACCCAUGCCAGUUAUUCUCGUCGCAACCGCAAUUAGUCACGAUGAAUUUGAACUCGAUGGGGACGAUCAAACUGCAAUUGGUCGUCACAUGGCUCCCUCUUCUUGCCUCGAAGACAUCAGCGAAGCCGAACAUCGCGACGAAGGAGAACGGCGAAACAACGAUGGAUCGCAAACCGCGCGUUGCACUUCGCGAGAAGAAGCGCGGAUCAGCAGCACGAGUUGCGAUGAAGGAGCAUUGGAGGAACUCGACGAACAUGCUUGAUUCCAUUUACCUCGAUGUCGCCAAAACGAUACCAUCUAUGGAAGCGAUGUCGACAUUGGAUCUCCGACGAACUCCAGCGUCGGGCUCAAUUCCGAAAAUUCCCACUUGCGGAACACUUCCAGCUCCGGCUAGCAAGAAGACAUCAUCAAAUUUCACCGCUCAUGCUCCAAUGAGCUCUUCGACAUUAAUGGGCAAACGGAGUCAGAGCCUGGCGCAACUUGGUGCUACGACGACGUCCACGAAUAGUCCAGACAGCGUCAGAGCAUUCAAUAAGCAGUUCACGCAAUGCGAUUCAGCUAGUGUGUCAUCUCGCAAUGAUUGCACUAGUAUUCCCGAAAUCAUUGACGAUGUGGUGCCGAAGGCGAAGAAGAUGGCUCAAGAAUAUGAGGAAUUGUCGAGUAUGGUGAACCUGCUGACUCAAUGGCAUGCGCUGGUUCGAAUCAACAAGAAGAACUCGUUCACAUCAUCACAACGAAACUUCUCGCCGUCGAUUCAUCAUAAUCCGAUGACGUCAUCGACCGCUUCUGAUGAGCUCGAUGAUAAUGUUCUAAUCGCCAAUGAUAUUCACUCUGAAAAUGACAGUGGCAUCGAUUCACUUCGGCAGCAUUAUUCGCCGUAUUUGAGCGAUGGUCUCAGAAAAAAGUAUGGUGAUUCGGAAGGCUCGAGAUUCAAACAGCUAAAAGAGCGCCGAAAAUCGCUGGGUGUGAUGCUGGAUUCGGCUGAAAUCGAGAAGCUCUACCUCGAGAGCGACUAUUUCUGGCAGAGCGAUAAAGAUUCGUCAAAAGUCACCGCGACGGGAAGCAGCGAACUCGACAGCUGCGUCAACUACCAUCUGAAGCGAAUUCAGAGAUGUCUACGCAUUCUCGAAUCGAUCGAAGUCGACUGUCCGCUCGUCUACACGACGACUGAAAUGUUGAAGCGACUGGAGAAUGAGACAGUCACACUCGACGAUUUGCUGAGAAUCGCGAAGACUGCGCCGGCGCUUCCAAAUAUUGCCAAUGUGCUCAGCGAAAUCGAAGCUUGCCCAGAAGUUCAAGAAAUUUGGCUCUCGACGUGCUAUCCACUUAAUUGCUCACUAAUUGUGCCAAAGGAUAAGCUCAAAACGCAAAUUCGCCUUCAAAUUGCUCAUAUAACCGAGCAAACCUAUCCGCAUUUGGUGAAUCGCGUCGCCGAAUCGAUUGUUCGAUUGUUGAAUGAUCCGGUCCAGGAUGAAUGCCCAUUCGUCACCGUAUUUCAUUUUGUUGGAAUAUUCAAGGGCCGCCAUUUCCAGCCAUACAUCGAGAAUCUUGGGCAUGAUGCUUGGAUGAUCACACUGUUGGACACCGAACAAGUGUCGAAGGUGUCGCAGGUGGUGGAGAGACUCUCGAAUGUUCCUGUGGUUCCGCCACUUGAAUCACUCAAGCAUAUCGGAAUUCUUUUGGCGAGAGGCAACCCGCAAAUCGUUCGAAUCAUUGAACGUUAUUUGCGAUGCGCGCGUGGUCAUCUGCUCUCUGAUCUUCUCUCCUCCUACCUCUGUCUCCUCGAAGCCGACAGCGCUGAAGCUCGACUCGGAGCACUGCGAGCUCUUCAAAUUUUUGAGAAUUCUCGAAUCGCCAAACAAAUCUCCUAUGUCGCCGACAACGACACGAGCGACGCGGUUCGACACCUUGCCAAUCGGCUACUCGCCGACUUUUCGAUGCCGCCAUCCGAUGAAAUUACGAGAAUCUAA